AUGGUAGCAUUUGGAUAUACAUUGAAAAUGUUUGUGAAAAUGUUUGAUAGAUUGUUGUGUCUUGUUUUGAAGAAAGUCAAACUGAAUAGAUACAAUAAACUAGGUCCUAAAAAACUAGCAUUAUUUCGUACCUUUGCUUUUGAAUCAACCUGCCAGCCAAAAGAAAUUGAAAUCGAGAGAAUCAUCGAAAUUGUUAACGACCACCCUUUCCCUGAUCACCCGCUUCACCCCACUCUUUUGCAACAUAUCCCGCCAUCUGUGCUUUCAACUCCGCUUGUGAAAAAUGUGCUCGGUCGUCUCUUUGCAGCACACUCCAAUGGCCUUAAAGCCUUUGAAUUCUUCAAAUUCUCCCUUAAACACUCCCACUUCCGCCCAAGUUCAGAUGCUUUUGAGAAGACGCUCCAUAUACUUGCACGAAUGCGCUACUUUGAUAAAGCUUGGGAAUUGAAAGAAAUUCAAUGAACACACCCUUCCUUGCUAACCCUAAAAUCCAUGAGAAUCUUGUUAUCGAGAAUUGCUAAGUUCCAGACCUACGAAGAUACCCUUGAAGCAUUUGAGAGGAUGGCAAAAAAUAUAUUUGUAGGGAGGAAAUUUGGCACCGAUGAGUUCAAUGUACUACUUAGAGCAUUUUGUACUCAAAGGCAGAUGAAGGAGGCAAGGUCUGUGUUCAACAAGAUACAUCCUCGAUUUUCUCCCAACACCAAGACCAUGAAUAUUUUGCUGUUGGGUUUCAAGGAAUCAGGUGAUCUUACCACUGUAGAACUGUUCUACCAUGAGAUGGUUCGAAGAGGCUUUAAGCCGAAUAAUGUGACUUACAAUAUUAGAAUUGAUGCUUACUACAAGAAAGGAUGUUUCGGUGAUGGUUUGAGACUUCUUACAGAAAUGGAAGGUGUAAAUUGCUUGCCUACAAUAGAAACAAUAACAACAUUGAUUCAUGGCGCAGGGAUUGCUCAAAACAUAGCUAAAGCAAGAGAGUUGUUGGAAGAGAUUCCCAUGAGAAACUUAAGGCCUGAUACUGGUGCUUAUAAUGCUUUAUUGAGUUCUCUUGUAAGAUGCAGGGACGUGGAGUCUGCAACCAGCUUAAUGGAUAAGAUGGAAGAGAAAGGCAUUGGGCAUGACAAUAUCACAUACCAUACUAUGUUCUUUGGUUUAAUGAAGUCAAAAAAUUUGGACUCUGUUUCUGAACUCUUUGAUAAUAUGAGGAAGAAAAACUUUGUUCCCAAGACACGAACAGUGGUGAUGUUGAUGAAAUUCUUUUGUGCAAAUCGUCAGCCUGAUUUGGGGUUGAAUUUGUGGGGCUGCCUAUUAGAGAGAGGUCACUGCCCCUAUGGCCAUGCAUUGGAUCUAUUGGCAACAUCAUUGUGCUCGCAUGGGAAGGUGCAAGAAGCUUUUAAGUGCUCCAAACAAAUAUUGGAGAGAGGAAGGCACGUGAGUGAGGCAGUGUUUCAGAUGUUGGAGAGGUUUCUACUGCAGGCUGGAGAUAUGGAAAAGUCAAGGAUGCUUGAUGUGCUGAUCAAGCGAUUACAAAAUAUUUUGCCGCCAUCAAGAGGUCUCGCUACUGGUAUUCUUACACCCACUGAAAUGGACUAAUUGAGUUUAGCUUGAAUUUUUAUUAAAACUAGCUUUAUUGCUAUGUUGUAAUCCUUGCAUUUUACAUUUUAUGAUCAGCAUUUGCACGUUAUGAUCAGUUUUUUAAUCACUUAUA